UACAACACUUGAUUAUGAUCAGUGUGGAGACGUCAAUUUGUGAGAACCGAGCGAGGUUGUUGAGCAGCAAAGAAGGCGACAGACCAUCAGAGCACAUCGAAUUUGGAAAUCUCGCGCUACCCAAGUCUAUGUAGAACGUACAGACACACACUGCAAACGCAAAAAUAAAAGUGCUUCUACCUAUAACCGAUCCAGAUCUCUCUGUGAGAACAGUGUGAGAGUGCAAGAAGAAGAGAAAGGGGGUUGUUGCAAGAUGCCGGGGAGCAUUGGGGGGUCGUACAGGUCGCUGGGCGGCUCCGGUGGGGACGUGUAUCGCGCCACGACGACGGUAGCAACUUCCUCAGCCAACGCCGCCUCUAAUUCCUCUUCGACAGUCCUCGACACCGUCAAGAAGGCCUUUAAUUUUGUCAGCACUUCUUCGUCUGCAUCCCAGAAGGACGAACGACUCAUUGACAGCAAGCAGCAGCAGCAUCUUCUGCAGAUCAGGACUGACAGUGCUAAUACUAACACUUGUAGAAAAAUGCCUACUUCAGGUGUUGCCGAAGAAGCCGCCCUUUUGGGCACGAUGCCUUCCGACAGCAUGGACGAUAUCGAGCUGAAGAACAUCCAGCUUCAAUUCCCAUCGGCCAGAUCUUUGUCUAGAGAUGAUUCGUCGGCCUGCGAGGAGAUCGUCUCGACGGAUCACGGUCCGAUCGUCGUCGCCAUCCAAGGAUCGCGCAACAAACCGGCGAUCCUCACCUACCACGAUCUCGGUCUCAACUACAUCUCGAGUUUCCAGGCUUUCUUCAACUACAUCGACAUGCGCGCCCUCUUGGAGAACUUUUGCGUGUACCAUGUGAAUGCGCCGGGUCAGGAGGAGGGUGCCCAGAGUUUUAACGAAGACUACGUUUAUCCGACGAUGGAUGAGCUCGCGACGCAGCUAGAAUGCGUCCUCGCCAAGUUCGGGUUGAAACAGUUCAUCGGGUUCGGUGUCGGGGCGGGCGCCAACAUCCUUGCCAGAUUUGCCCUCACCAAUCCUAAUAAGGUUUCGGCCCUUUGCUUGAUUAAUUGCGUGAGCACCCAGGCCGGAUGGAUCGAGUGGGGUUACCAGAAGUUGAACGCCCGUCACCUCCGAUCGAAGGGCAUGACCCAGGGCGUCCUCGACUACCUGAUGUGGCACCAUUUCGGCAGGAACACUGAAGAGAGGAACCACGACCUGGUGCAGGUGUACAAGAGCUACUUCGAGAGGAACGUGAACGCCACCAAUCUGGCCCUGUUCAUCGACUCGUACGUCCGUCGCACUGACCUCAACAUCCAGCGCGAGAUGGAUCUGACCAAGAAGAAGGAGGGUAUGACCCUCGGGAUGCCGGUCAUCAACAUCACCGGCUCCUACAGCCCCCACAUGGACGACACCGUCACCCUGAACGGUCGACUCGAUCCCACCAACUCCUCCUGGAUGAAGAUCUCCGAUUGCGGCAUGGUCCUCGAGGAGCAACCCGGCAAAGUGAGCGAGGCUUUCCGCCUCUUUCUGCAGGGUGAAGGCUACGCGAUCCAAGUUGGCCGAAGGCCGAGCAAAAUUUCGACGGCCCCCUCGUUCGAAGUAGCCCCGUUGUCGCCGACCAAAAUGGCCCAAUUCCGGAAAGCCUCGAUAGAGGAGCUGCUGAAGAGCAAAUUCUCGACCGGGCAGUGGCCGACAUCGGCCAUCCACAUCACCGAAAACCCCAUCUCGGCGGUCGUCUGCUAAACAACGAACCGAAACAACAACAACAACAAGACGUAACACACGUAACAACCAAAAAAAAACAAUACACAAUAACAAAACAAACGCCCCGCAGUCCGGAGCCAACUACCAUCCCCAUAAAAACAACAACAACAACAAAUAAUCACUAAGCGACAGAUCAAUUCCAUCUCACUUUGUUGGCAAAGACGGAAUCGAAAUGAUGCACGUUGUUUUGUUUCAUGUAUCCCCCAAAAAAAUAGCAAACAUUAAGUAGGUUAACGUAGAUUGAUGAAGAGAAGAUGUGGACUGCGGAGGAAUGGUAUUUCGGUUAAGAGCAAAAAAAAAAUACAAGGAAAUAGGUAAAGUUAAACAAGUUUUAAACAAAUAAUAUACAUUAUGAGCCGUACUACAGCUUGGUGAUGAGAGGUCGGGGGCUGUAUUGAAAUUUAAUAGGGCUUCUUUCUAAUGGAACGAACGUUUCCUUUUACACUAAUUUUCUUUAGUGUUUUUAAUUAAUUAAUUUCUUUCUUUCUUUUUUUUUUUGAAAAUUAUGUGAUGAAGCUUGCUGUCGAUUGAUUGAUUGCGCGCCGGCGGCAGCAAAUUGAGUAACGAAAUUGCUAGGUAGAAUAAUUAAAUUUUAACGAAGGAUUGGACGAGGGAGGAAAGUGCUUUAAAUCGCGGAUAAAUAAU